AUGUAUCCUACAACAACUUCGAUUCACUGCCAGACUGGAUUUGUGAUCUGCCACAAAUUGACUGUUUACGGGCUUUUCUCAGUGAUGUCGAUGCGUUAUUUAUACUGCAAAAACAACAAAAUCAAAACUUUACCGGAUCCUGUCGAGAACCUCAAUCUAGUUUCUUGCGUUCUACAUGGGAACCAUUUGACAGAGCUACCGCGAGAAUUUUUUCGAAGAUGCUCCGGCAUCUGA